GCGGAGGCGCGAGCCAUGGUCGCGCUGGAGAACCCGGAGGGCGGCCCGGAGGCGGCGGCGGGGGACGCCCCGGGCGGGCGGCGGAUGCUGAUCGAACCCAGGGUCUCACGCGUGAGAGGGGAGCGCUCUACCACUGAGCCACAACCCCAGUCCUCACUUUUUGCUGAGGCUGGCUUUGAACUUGUGAUCCUUCUGCCUCAGCCUCCCAGGCCCCUCCCGGGCUGCCUGCCCGCUCUGGCUGGCUCCCAGGUGAAGAGACUGCCUGCCUCCCGGCGGAAGCAGCACUUCAUCAACCAGGCCGUGCGGAACUCAGACCUGGUGCCCAGGGCCAAGGGGCGCAAGAGCCGACAGCGCCUGCAGAACACCCAGCACCUGCUGACUCUGCUGGAGACGCAUGGGGACCCGCCUGGCCUGGAGGAUGGGGACCUGACGCCCUCUGCAGCACCCGGCAUCUUCGCAGAGGCCUGCAACAACUCUACCUACGUGGAGGUCUGGAAUGACUUCAUGAACCGCUCCGGGGAGGAGCAGGAGCGGGUGCUCCGCUACCUGGAGGACGAGGGCCACAGCAGGGCUCGGAGGAGAGGGCCUGCCCGCGGGGAGGACCGGCGGAGAGAGGACCCUGCCUACACACCCCGGGAGUGCUUCCAGCGCAUCAGCCGGCGCCUGCGAGCCGUCCUCAAGCGGAGCCGCAUCCCCAUGGAAACACUGGAAACCUGGGAAGAGCGACUGCUGGGAUUCUUCUCCGUGUCCCCCCAGGCCGUGUACACAGCCAUGCUGGACAACAGCUUCGAGAGGCUGCUGCUCCACGCUGUCUGCCAGUACAUGGACCUCAUCUCAGCCAGUGCGGAUCUGGAGGGCAGGCGACAGAUGAAGGUCAGCAACCGGCACCUACAGUUCCUGCCUCCCGGCCUGCUUCUGUCUGCCUACCUGGAGCAGCACAGCUGAUGGAGGCCACCCAGUGCCCACCUGCCACCUUGCCCAGCGCCAAGACAUUGUGCCAUCUGCUAAAAUGCCUACCAUGUUUUUAGAAUUUGUCUUUAACAACUGCUGUCCCCUUGGGUGGCUCUCUCACCUUUGCCCUAACCGUCCUCUCUUAUUCAGAUGAACAUCGGGGCUUGAGCUGCCCAAACUGUCUCAACCGUGCAGUGCCCCACCCCAGACUUGUAUUUGGGUAGGGAGUUCUGACCUGGGUACUUCCAUGUUUCUUUGGUUAUUAGCUUUCUUGGCCCAAUUUAAAGCUCAGAUGAGGUAGGAGAGGCUGGGUUUUUAUCACUUUUUAUGAAUUUGGCAUGAUUUGUUGUAGAUUUUUAAAUUUCCUUUUUGAAGAAAGAAAAAAAAAAACAAAAUCACUUGUCCCACCUGGUAAAUAGUGGGCUUGGUCACAGCCUUUGCUUGACUUUUCCUAGUUUUUAGCUCUUGGGUGGGGGGUGGGGGGUGGGGGUGGGGGUGGUUCUCUGCCCCUCACCCCAGGAGCAUUUUCUCUGUGUGUGUGUGUGUGAGUGUGUGCGCACGCAUGUCUGGGCCCUGCACCCUAGGACACCGCUGCAUCUCAAGGGCUGGUUUUAUGCUUCCUGAUAUGUCUGUGUCGUGUCCCAUCCCGCCCUCCCUUUUAUACUAGGGAUCCAGGACUUCCAGCCAGAAGCCGCUGUCCUCAGCUACCCCGUCCCUCCAUGACCCAGCAUCCUCUGCCCCAGCCUGGCUCUGGCCCAGGGGUCCAGAGUAUCCUCAUGCUGGUGGGCCCUGCUCCUGUGUGCCUGUGCGUGGCUAGUUGUGCUUGGAGGACAGGGGAGUGUUUAAUAAAUUUCUGGUGCUCCGGC